CAUAGAGUACAACGCGUUAAAGUGUCUUAAGUCUUAACUGUGUCAGUGUUCAGUGUUGAAGUGCGUUCUGUGGUUUUGUUAAUUUGUUUUAAUAUUUUAUAACAACACUGCCUAUUGGCUAUUUGAUUAAUGUUAAUUCGAAUAACAUAAAAGUUGAGUGACAUUAUUUCAUGUUCAUGAAAUGUUUUGUUGUUUAUUGGAUCAGCGACAACAUUUCAAAUACUGCAUUUCAUAGAUGAACUAGAAUUGCAUUCAGUGAUCGGAGCUGUGGAAUAAGAUCACAAGUUUUUGAUUCUACUACUAUCAAAAAUGCUCCGUUUUCUGAGUAGACGAGGCCGCUCCUCAAGCCAAACACGGAACAAACAAAAUCAAAAAACAUCAAAUAAUAAAAAUCUAAUACAGUGCAAGGUAAUGUUGCUUGAUGAUACUGAUUUAUCUAUUAAUCUAUCUAAAAAGGCUAGUGCAGGAGAUCUUUAUGAACAAGUCUUUUAUUCUCUUGAUUUGAUUGAGAAAGAUUAUUUUGGCUUACAAUUCACUGAUACAAAUAAUGUUAAGCAUUGGUUGGACCCAACAAAAACCAUUAAAAAGCAAGUAAAAAUAGGACCACCUUACACUUUAAGGCUGAAGGUUAAAUUUUAUUCAUCUGAGCCUAACAAUUUAAGAGAAGAGCUCACAAGAUAUCAGUUUUUCUUACAAUUGAAAAAAGAUAUCUUAGAAAGUAAGCUGGAAUGCCCACAUUCUACUGCAGUUGAAUUGGCAGCUUUGGCUUUGCAAUCUGAAUUGGGUGAUUUUGAUGAAACUAUACACACCCCAGCUACAGUAUCUGAAUUCCGUUUUGUCCCGAAUCAAACAGAAGAAAUGGAAAUCGAAAUAUUAGAAGAAUUUAAAAAAUGCAAAAAUCUCACACCAGCCCAAGCUGAAGUCAACUAUCUUAAUAAAGCAAAGUGGCUUGAAAUGUAUGGUGUUGAUAUGCACAUUGUGUUGGGAAAAGAUGGGUGUGAAUAUCAUCUUGGUUUAACACCAACGGGAAUUCUUGUUUUUGAAGGACCCCAGAAAAUCGGUCUCUUCUUUUGGCCGAAAAUAAGUAAACUCGAUUUUAAGAAGAAAAAGUUGACAUUAGUCGUAGUCGAAGACGACGACCAAGGACGAGAACAGGAACAUACAUUUGUAUUUCGACUACACAAUGAGAAGGCCUGUAAACACCUUUGGAAAUGUGCUGUAGAACAUCACACUUUCUUCCGCUUACGAGCUCCAGUGAAAGGUCCAUCGGCAAGACAAAACUUCUUCAGAAUGGGCUCAAGAUUUCAAUAUUCAGGUAAAACUGAAUACCAAACCACACAACAAAAUCGUGCGCGUAGAACUGUUCAAUUUGAGCGUAGGCCUAGUCAGCGGUUUGCUCGUAGACAGAGUCAUGUGUUAAGGGAACGAGAAAAGCAAAAUACAUCUACAAAGACAGAAACGGUUGCACAACCAGAGCCGAGUACUUCCGCAGAAACUACGGCGGUGGUGAAUGAAAAUGUUAAUGCUCUUGAUACAUUAUCUCGUAAGAGCAGUGCCAAAUCACAAAAGUCUUCGCUGAUUGAUAGCGAUUAUAAAAUGACUGAACUAGGAGAACCAUCGACCAAGAAUCUUGUAGAUGACGACACGCAAGAAGAACUUCACAUAUCAAAGGAAGACGCUAUUAACAAUAAGGUUCUGUUUAAAAUGGACAAGUGUGAAGAAAAGAAAAACAAUUUAACACAACUGGUUAUUAAUAAGCCGCCUUGCAAUUGUUCUCCAGUUGCCGAAUUUAAUCCAUUAAAUGAUCUCUUAAUGAGUUUGGUGAAGGACAAAUUGAACACGGACGACGCUAAAAACGUAAACACAAAAGACCAGGAUUCAGUAGACAACGAGGUACCUAACAAUCAAAAUAAAUUUAUGCUUGGCUCAAAGAAAAAUCUCCCACCUGGUCAGCUAAAAUGCAAUAACAUACUCAAAGCUCGGGAGAAUGAAGUUAAGAUAAUAAACGAAUCGUCAAACAUGAACCUAUCAAUUCCGUCAACGCCGUCACCUAAGAUAAUAAAUGAAAAUAAUACCCAAUACGUAUCUAUUGUUGUUGUUGAACCUCCGCAUUCACAAGUGAAGGUAGCGUCACCUAAACCGGUGGAGAGACAAGAGGAAAUCGCUCCUAAAUCCCAACCUAUAUCAUCUCUAUCACCGUGGCUGGUGACGUCAGAGCCCAGUUCACCGUCCGGUAUCGGAGAGAAGGAGAUAACUAUCAUUCACAGAAAAUCAGUUAUAACAACCCAACUUUAAACUAUAUCUACUUUUCUAUUCCUUAUACUAACUAAAUUACUAUGACGUUUACAUAAAUUUGAUAAUACUAUUCAUAAAAGCCAUGACUUUUACAUGACCAAUUAGAUAUGUGCAUUUUUGCAUUUAUAGAAGAUUAUUGUACAUUAAGUAAUCGACAGUAUAGAGCGUGCUCCGAAAUUACAAAGUAAUUUCAGAUGUAAGUGAUGAAGUAUUAUGAACCCGUGCCUUAAAGAUAGAUGAUUUUUAUUAACUAGUUUCAAUAUACGGUAUUUUCCAUUUCACAUUAAGUUUCGAGAGAAACCAUAUGUGAGAUAAUCUUCACUUUCUGGUUUCAAUGAUUUUAUUCUGAUCAUUCCAUAAGUUCUUAUUAAAUACAUUCCAAUAUAUGCAUAUUUUAAAUUUAUGAUGAAUUUUUCCGUUAUUAUAUAUUUUGAACGUAUAUACAUAAAUUUUUUUGUUACUUCGUUUUUAAAUAUAGAUGGAUCAUUAUAUACUGAUACAUGUAUCUCAUACACAUUGAUUGGAUUAAACAAUGACUGAACUGUGUAAUUUGUAAAUGGCCGUCCGUUUGACCAUAUCGGUAUUUCGAAAAUUAUAUAUUUUUAUAUACAUAAUGAUUAAGUUUUUAGUACAAUAAUGAAUUCAGUAUUAGAAGAUGAAUCACAAUAAGAUCGUGCCAUAGCUACUUAAUGUUUUGGUAAAUGUUCAGUUAAAAAACACAUAUACAUAUUAAGAAAAUAUGUACUUUUGUUACUCAAGACUGUAUUAAAUGUGUUAGAAAAAAAAAAUAUAUAUAUUUUGUUUAGAAGUUUGAAUUGUCAAACUCAGUGCUAACCUUACUAAACCUUUUUUCUCACCAAGAUUUUGGUAUAUUAUUAUUUAUGUAUUUAAACACAAUGAAAAGCAUUAAAAAAAACAAA